AUGCCCCUGUCCCCGACCUCAGGUCUUCGAGGACUGAUGAUCGCAGUAAUGAUGGCCGCACUCAUGUCAUCGCUGACCUCCAUCUUUAAUAGCAGCAGCACGCUCUUCACCAUGGACAUCUGGAGGCGGCUGCGGCCCCGCGCUGGUGAGCGGGAGCUGCUGCUGGUAGGACGGCUGGUCGUCGUGGUGCUCAUCGGCGUGAGUGUGGCCUGGAUCCCUGUCCUGCAGGGCUCCAACAGCGGGCAGCUCUUCAUCUACAUGCAGUCGGUGACCAGCUCCCUGGCUCCCCCAGUGACCGCAGUCUUCGUUCUGGGCGUCUUUUGGCGGCGUGCCAAUGAGCAGGGGGCCUUUUGGGGCCUGAUGGUGGGGCUGGUGGUGGGGGCCACAAGACUGGUUCUGGAGUUCCUGCACCCGGCUCCACCCUGCGGCGAGCCAGACAUGCGGCCGGCCAUCCUGGGCAGCAUCCACUACCUGCACUUCGCGGUGGCCCUCUUUGCACUCAGUGGUGCCGUGGUGGUGGCCGGGAGCCUGCUGACCCCAGCCUCCCAGGGCGCACAGAUUGAGAACCUUACCUGGUGGACCCUGGCUCAGGACCUGUUCUUGGGAGCCAAAGCAGGUGAUGGCCGAACACCCCAGAGACACGCUUUCUGGGCCCGUGUCUGUGGCUUCAACGCCAUCCUCCUCAUGUGUGUCAACAUCUUCUUCUACGCCUACUUUGCCUGA